GGACUCCCCGGUGCCAUCGCUGUCGCAGUCGGUGCGUUUGGCUCGGCCGCCGCCAUGGGGAUCUUGGAGAAGAUCUCGGAGAUCGAGAAGGAGAUCGCUCGGACGCAGAAGAACAAGGCCACAGAGUACCACCUGGGCCUGCUGAAAGCCAAGCUCGCCAAGUACCGGGCCCAGCUCCUGGAGCCGUCCAAAUCAGCCUCGUCCAAGGGAGAGGGCUUCGAUGUCAUGAAGUCGGGUGACGCCCGCGUGGCGCUGAUUGGAUUUCCCUCUGUGGGUAAGUCCACCUUCCUGAGUCUGAUGACCUCCACAGCCAGUGAGGCGGCGUCCUAUGAGUUCACCACCCUGACGUGCAUCCCCGGUGUCAUUGAAUACAAAGGUGCCAACAUCCAGCUCCUGGACCUUCCUGGCAUCAUCGAAGGCGCAGCACAAGGGAAAGGCCGUGGCCGACAGGUGAUCGCGGUGGCGCGGACGGCCGACGUGGUCAUCAUGAUGCUGGACGCCACCAAGGGCGAGGUGCAGAGGUCUCUGCUGGAGAAGGAACUGGAGUCUGUGGGCAUCCGCCUCAACAAGCACAAGCCCAACAUCUACUUCAAGCCCAAGAAAGGUGGCGGCAUCUCGUUCAACUCCACGGUCACGCUGACCCAGUGCUCGGAGAAGCUGGUGCAGCUCAUUCUGCACGAGUACAAGAUCUUCAACGCGGAAGUGCUGUUCCGGGAGGACUGCUCCCCAGACGAGUUCAUAGACGUGAUCGUGGGCAACCGCGUGUACAUGCCCUGCCUCUACGUUUAUAACAAAAUCGACCAGAUCUCCAUGGAGGAGGUGGACCGCCUGGCCCGAAAGCCCAACAGCGUGGUCAUCAGCUGCGGCAUGAAGCUGAACCUGGACUACCUGCUGGAGAUGCUCUGGGAGUACCUGGCCCUGACCUGCAUCUACACCAAGAAGCGAGGACAGAGGCCAGACUUCUCAGAUGCCAUCAUUCUCCGGAAAGGGGCCUCUGUGGAGCACGUGUGCCACCGCAUCCACCGGUCGCUCGCCAGCCAGUUCAAGUAUGCCCUGGUGUGGGGUACCAGCACCAAAUACAGCCCACAGCGGGUGGGCCUGACCCACACCAUGGAGCACGAGGACGUCAUCCAGAUUGUGAAGAAGUAGCCACCCCCGGGGCCUCCCUGGGGAGUCAGACCCCUGGACACGAGCCCUGUCAGGAGGAAUGCAGAUACCCCCGGGAGGGACCCGCACACCUGCUGCUUCCAAAGUGGCUUCAUUGGCAGAUGAAGAGCACUGGGGCUGAGGCCAGGGCACUGCCCAUGAGACCCUGGGGGGUUCUGAGUCGGGGCCCUGGACCCGUCCCUCCCCUCCCCCCUUUGGACAUUGAGGGAGCAUGCUUUCCAUGUGCCCCAGCCAGGGCCUGAGGCAGGGCAGUGCCAGAGCGGUUGUCAGCUCCCUGGGCCCACAGAGAUGGUGGGCACUGUCGGGUGCUGACGGUCCCCCGCUCCUCCCAGACGAAACCCACUCAGGUGCCCCAGCCCUGUAGGGCUGUCCCAUGUUGGAAACCAGAGGUCGGUGACGUCAGCCCGACCUGCACCCUCUGUAGUUGGGCAGUGUCCUAAAGUGCCUCCCCCUGCACCCCAGGGGGGCCCUGCCCAGCGCAGAACCCUGGACCCGGGACUUGGACAAGUUUGGGUUCUCUCUUCUCUCCAAG